UACUUGCAAGGACUAAAAUGAGUGGAAUAUUAUGAAAUAUUUCGUAGGAGCACGUGAGGGGGACCUUCGCUCACUGGUAAACAAUGCCAGACUGGCUGGGUAGGGAGGCCGCCCCGGCUCACACUGUGUGUACGCGUCCCGGACGAACUACUAUUCACGAGUCAACCUAUGAUUAGCGAGCCCAUGUUUAUACGAAUAUAUCCCUUUGAUUUCCGAAAUCUAUGAUUCCCGAGAACUACGAAAAGCGAGGGACCACUGUAGAUUCAAGUCUGACAAAUUUAGAUUUAGAAAGGACAUAGGGAAGUACGUAUACAGUAUUGGUUUGGUAUGAAGUUCUAGAUCAGUGGAAAGAACUACGAAGUAUCAUCGUUGAAAUGAGAACUUUGGGUAUUUUUAAAUACUAGUUGGUCAGGUACACGAGUGGGUGUUGUUGGGUGUGAAUUGAACCUGCCUAGCAUGGACUAAUAGGCCUACUGCAGUGUUCCACUCUCAUGUGCUUAUACACAUUGUAUGCUGAUGCUGUCUGCUCUUAGGAAGUGUAGUUCAGAAAAAAUGUGUGAGAGAUGGGGACAGCAGAGCAGCAGAAGGAGCAUUCAGGUGUAUCAGGGUCAUCAAGCCUUGAAUUUGGGGAUGAUGAGGCUGGGAGUGUGAGACCCCCAGUGUCCCGGGGGUCAUCCACAGGUGUCAUUUCUGCUGCCUCUAAUAUUAUUAACAGUAGCGGAAGCAGCACAUCUGGUGCCCGCCGUGGAAGAGCCUCACCAACAAGUGCCUUGAGUCGUGUUCCUCUUACAAGACUGUGUGAAGAGAAACGGGCUAGACGUUGUCGCUUUUACAGAAAUGGCGACCGAUGGUUUGGCGGGUCUGUGGUUGCUGUGGGAGGGGACAAACAUCGCUCAUGGGAGGCAUUACUGGCUGAUUUAACUCGUGUGUUGGACCACCCAAUACACCUGACUGCUGGUGUACGCCACGUGUUUACCCUAGAUGGCACCCGUAUUACUCAGCUUGACCAAAUUGUGGAAGCAAGUGAGUACGUAGUUUCCUCCUCCGAAACGUUCAAAAAAUUAGAAUACACCCGUGCUCGUUUACCACAGUGGAGAGCCAAUGUGCGUCGCAAAGAGGCACUGCAUGUGACUGCAGGCACUGCGUUUCCCUCCCCUGUGUCCACACCAGGUAGCGAGGCACCCCCAAGCUUCAUUGCUACUACUAUAACUACACCUACUCAUUCACCCAAGGACUUCAUUAGACCUAAACUAGUAACUGUAAUCCGUAAUGGUGUGCGACCCCGCAAGGCUGUGCGCAUUUUGCUUAAUCAGCGCACUGCCCGGAGCUUAGAGCAAGUGCUCUCAGACAUCACACAUGCUAUAAAGCUGGACACAGGUGCUGUCAGGAAGAUCUACACCCUUGACGGUAGACAGGUAGUUAGUUUGCGGGACUUCUUCUAUGAUGACGAUAUCUUCAUAGCCUACGGACCGGAACGACUCUCACACGAUGAUUUUGACCUCGACUCGGAAGAGUGUAAAACUAUACAGCCUAUGGUCAAGUGUCCAUUAAGUCCUCGUAGACCACGACGCAUGCCAUCGCCCAAACCUCGCGGUCGUGCAGUUUCACCCCUAGCAAUAUUUGAUGGCCCAGGUAAAAUGGUUAAUUAUUUAUUUUGAAGACAUUCUUCAUUG